AUGGUGGAGAACAAAGAAGCACGCAACGUCAACAUUGUUUCUCGCAACCAGAAUAAUCCUGCCUCAAAAAAGAACCAAAAAGUGCCGAAAACGCCAUGUUGGAAGUGUGGCGACCAGCACUAUGUUCGUGAGUGUCCGUUCGCUUCGCACACCUGUUCCAGCUGCAAGCAACAAGGACACAAGGAAGGUUAUUGCAACAGCAACAAGAAUGCGCCGUCGAAACCGUUCAAACAGGUCAAAUCCAAAGAGAACGUGAAGACAAAAAGCAUCUACACGGUUUGCAACAUCGGAAGCAAGCGGAAGUUCAUCCCGGUCGAGCUCAAUGGUGUAACAGUCAAACUUCAACACGACUCGGCGUCCGACAUCACCAUAAUCUCAGAAGAAACAUGGAUCAGCAUCGGACAGCCAUCCACUCAACCGACGGAAGAAUCUGCAGUUACAGCUUCUGGUGGCAGUCUCAACCUACUCGCUGAGUUCCAGACCAAGAUCACCAUCAAGAAUGUUACCAAGACUGGUCGCAUUUUCAUCUCAAGCAGCGCUGAACUCAACGUUCUAGGAAUCGAGACUAUGGAUCUGUUCGAUUUGUGGUCUGUGCCGAUAAGCAGCUUGGUCAACGUCGUACACCAACGUUCUGAUCAGUUCACCAAUCAACUCAAGCAACAGUUUCCGGAAGUUUUUCGAAGCACGCUGGGUAGAUGCACAAAAGCGCAAGUGAAGUUGUACCUCAAGCCUGACGCACGUCCUGCAUAUUGCCCGAAACGACCAGUAGCGUACGCUGCACUCGCCAAGGUGGACGCAGAACUUGAGAGGCUCCAGCAAAACGGUAUAAUUUCUCCAGUUCAAUUCUCGGACUGGGCAGCACCAACAGUCGUCGUACGCAAGUCGGACAAUGUAUCAGUCCAUGUCGAGGUCGAGGAGGAAUCGCAAAAGCUACUCACGGUCAACACGCAUCGUGGACUGUUCCAGUAUAACCGACUACCUCCCGGAGUCAAGUCGGCACCCGGCGCUUUCCAGCGCAUCAUCGACAGCAUGGUGGCCGGCAUCCCGGGAGUCAACCCGUAUUUGGACGACAUCCUCAUCGCUGGUCGCACCAAGCAGGAACACGAUCGCAGUCUCUACGCUGUUCUCGAGCAGAUCCGUGAGUAUGGCUUUCACCUACGCCUCGAAAAAUGUCGUUUCGCACUCUCCCAGAUCAAGUUUCUCGGACACAUCGUGGAUAAGGACGGUAUUCGGCCUGACCCUUCAAAAACAGAAGCCAUUUCCAAGAUGCAGUCACCGAAGGAUGUCCAGCUACUCCGUUCCUACCUCGGUGCUGUCAACUACUAUGGUAGAUUCGUUAAGCAGAUGAAGCAACUCAGGGCUCCUCUGGACAGCCUCCUCAAGAAAGAUGCACGCUGGAACUGGACCAAGGACUACCAGAAGUCUUUCGAGCAGCUCAAGGCCAUUCUACUUUCCGACCUGCUGCUUACACACUACAGCCCGUCCAAGGAAAUCGUUGUUGCAGCAGAUGCAUCGAAGUACGGCCUUGGCGCUGUCAUCAUGCAUCGAUUCCCGACCGGUGAAGUGAAGGCAAUUGCGCACGCCUCGCACUCACUGACCCCAGCAGAGAUGAACUACGGACAAGUGGAGAAGGAUGCAUUGACCCUGAUAUUCGCUGUCACCCGUUUCCACAAAAUGCUGUAUGGACGACACUUCCUCCUGCAAACCGAUCAUCAACCGCUACUCAAGGUUUUCGGCUCAAAGAAAGGUAUUUCUGUUUACACAGCAAACCGUUUGCAGCGCUGGGCCUUGACACUUCUGCUGUACGAUUUCGACAUCCAACACGUUUCAUCGACGAAUUUUGGUUAUGCAGAUUUUCUAUCCCGGCUAAUGUCAUCGCAGCAUAGACCAGAUGAGGAUUACGUCAUAGCCGCCGUGUGCGUCGAAUCUGAAGCAAAAGCAAUUCUCGACGACACCAUCAGCAACCUUCCAGUCACGCACCAGAUGAUUGUAGCUGAGACGCGAAAGGAUCCAGUUCUUCAGCAAGCGGUAAAUUUCCUUAACGAAGGUUGGCCAGCAAAUGCGAAGCAGUUGCUGAUCCUGAUGUCAAGAAGUUCUUCACCAGACGAGAUGGACUUCAAGUUGUCGACAACUGCGUUAUGUUCGGCGAUCGAAUCGUCGUCCCAUCAAAGUUUCGAAAGCGGAUCGUUCGUCAACUGCAUCGUGGACACCCAGGAAUGGACCGAAUGA